GGCGCUUAUCGAAUGCAGAGGCAGCUGGCAAGUUGUUGUUGUUGCCGCCUUCCCAUGUUGCUUCCGGAAGGUGAGUGCGGAUUGGUGAACGAGAGAAAGGCAAGACAGCCGUGCUGAACACAGAAGUGGGACAUGAAAGUGGUAGCUCAGUAAACGGGGAAGAAGAAGGAGGAGGAGGCGAGGGCGCCGCUGACCAUGUCCCUGUACAGGAACAGUAUGUGGUUUCUCAAGGGCAUGCGGGAGUACACCAAAAGUGGAUAUGAAGCUGCCGCACAACAAUUUGCUCCAAAGGACCUCGAUGUCGAUGUGUCCGGAAGGUGCUUCCUGAUCACUGGAGCUAACAGCGGGAUUGGUAAGGCCACAGCACUGGAAAUUGCAAAACGGGGUGGAGUCGUUCACCUUGUUUGUCGAAACAAAGAGCGAGCUGAACAGGCCAAAGCUGAGAUUGUGAAGGAGACGGGUAAUGAGGAAAUUUUUGUCCAUAUUCUUGAUAUGUCACGGCCCAAAACGAUCUGGGAGUUUGCAGAUGCAUUCCAGCAAUCAAAUGACAAACUGAACGUGUUGAUCAAUAAUGCGGGGUGUAUGGUCAAUCAGAGAGAGCUGACUGCUGAUCAAUUAGAAACAAACUUUGCCACCAAUACUUUGGGUCCGUACAUACUCACUACAGCCUUGAUACCUCUACUAGAAAAAUGUGAAGAUGCCAGAGUGAUCACCGUGUCGUCAGGGGGAAUGCUGGUCCAGAAGCUGAACGUGGAUGACUUGCAGUUUGAGAAAGGGAGGUUUGAUGGACCCAUGGCCUACGCACAGAAUAAGCGGCAACAAGUGGUUAUGACAGAGCAAUGGGCUAAAAUGCAUAAGAACAUCCACUUCUCCUCUCUGCAUCCAGGCUGGGCUGAUACAGCAGCUGUGAGAUUUUCCAUGCCGGAUUUCUAUGCAAAGAUGAAGGACAGGCUGAGGACUCCGUUUCAAGGGGCAGAUACAUUGGUUUGGCUUGCUGUUUCCAACAUGGCAGCACAGCAACCCAGUGGCCUCUAUUUCCAAGACAGGAAGCCUGUGUCAACACAUCUCUUGCUGGCUCAAACAAAAGCAACAACUGCUGAGGAAGAGAAACUGAUGAAAAGCUUGGAGGAAAUAGCAACAAACCAUAAACCUGGCAACAGUUGAUAUUGUCAGCAGAAAGGCAAACGCAAUCCUUUGAAAAGUCACGGAGGUGGAACUCUUUCUGUUGCCCUCCAACCUAUACGUUUUGCUCUUAAUUGGGCAACCCCUCCAUAAUGAGGGCACACAACACAGAUUGGGUGAUCACUCGGUCAAAAUCUGUCCGUCUCCAGCUACUUUCCCACCUUCUUGUCUUUUAACUUGCAACCAUAGGUCAUGCAGUCAGGAACAAUACUUCACCCUUGCAGCACUUUCAGCUGAGAGCUGGUGAUUAUUUUUGUCCUUUAGCUAUUUGCCUCCGUUUUCCUUUCCGCUUCUCCCUCUGCUUCCUUUCGAUUUCCGUCGCUAAGACUUAUCAUAGCAAUAAAGUCUCCCCUUUGACAUUGUUAUGUUCUAACAUCAUUAACAGUUAGAAAAAAAUCCAUUUAAUGUGCGCAGUUUCACUUGCAUUGUUUGCCACAGAUGUUCUCUUCUGUUUACUGUGUUCUUUCUGCCUUUGCUCUAGCCAUCAGUCUCUGACAUUGUUCCCUUGCCUCUGUCCCAGGCAUUAUCUCUCCCUGGGGCCUCACCCCCUGCCCUCUGCUCUUUUGGGAUGUGGUAUUUCUGGCAAUGCCAGCACUUUUCACCCAUACGAAAUUGCCCUUGAAUUGAGUGGCUUGCUCAGCCAUUUGCAAAGAGUAGUUGAGAGUAAUCCGCAUUGCUGCCGAUCUGGAGUCACAUGUGGACUAGGACAGUAGAUAUCCUUCCCUAAAGGACAUUACUAAACUGGAUGGGUUUUAAUGACAAUAGUUUCAUGGAUACCGUUGAAGAGAUUAGCUUUUAUAUUCCAGAUUUAUGAACCUGUGGUGGUAUUCGAAACUGUGUCUCCAGCGAUUGAAUUUGGGGCUCUAGAUUUACUAAUCCAGUAACAUUAGUAUUCUAGUAUCACCUUACCCCUCUUUUUGUCUUUCCUACGGCUCUGGUGUUCUUCUCUUGGUUGCUAACUCCAUUUUCACUUGAGAUCUAGGGCUCUACAUAAUGGUAGAGGCCUAUUAUUGCUGGUAGUUCCAGGAUUUUAGUGAAUACUAGCACUAACCAACCUCUGCUACUGAUGGCAUCUAGGUCAAUGUAAAAGUACAGUACUUUUAGGCAGUGCAUACUGACACCCAUAACUGCACGUGCCAUUAAUCUGGAAACCAGCAAUGUCAUGGGUGUGGGUAUGUAUGUGGUCAUGUGAGAGGUGGGGGCUAAGGUGUCAGGACCCCUCCCAUUCCCUGUUCACAGCUGCAUCCUAUUUAGACUUGAACCUGUUUAAACAUGUGACUGAAUUUAAGCAGUGCAUGACACCUAUGUGUUGCGAUUAGCAGCCUAUUUAAUUGUUUAUGUAUUUCAUUUUGCAAGUAAUUUCAGCUAAGAAUGUACAAUGCCACACGUAUGUGUGGAAAAUGGUAAUUUUCCAGAAUGUAACCACAACCUUUAAGUGUGCUUUUUGUGACUUAAACUGAUUUUAUUCUUUUCUAAUGGCUUUACAUUGCCCAUGAGCUUUUUCUCCCCCCAUUUUCAUUCAGCACUUCCAUCCAGGUUUUUGAACUGGCUUUUAAAAACCACUAUCUGUAGCUUUCUAUAGCUGUACAUUAGUACUCUUGUUUUGUGCGAGGGCACUUGUGGUGCAGUGGUAAUGUCCCUACCUCUGAACUAAGAGAUCUGGAUUAAAGUCCCACCUCUUCCAUAAGUGCAUCAAAGCAUCUCUGAGCAGGUUGUUUUAAAAUAUCUACAUUGAGUUGUAACAGUGACUUCUGGUACAGAAUCACUGACUAAAAUCUUGAUUUAUAUUGUCUCCAUCUGCAGACCUAUCUAUUGCGUAUUUCCUGAUUUUCUGCAUUGCAGUUCACAUUUAUUCAAGAACUCUGCAUGAUUUUUCUAGAUCAGCUAUUAAAUAUUUUAAAAGGCACCUAGAUAUUUAUUGUCCCGCUAUUGUCUUUAUAAAACCCUUAAUGGUUUGAGUGAUUUCACCAUGGCAAUAUAACACUAAAUAUUUGACAUUUAUUUCAAGAGCACUAUUCCCACAACAUGAUUAAAAGGACAUUCAAGAGACGUGCGCCUUUUUUUAAUAUAUGCAAGGGCAGUCUUUCCAUAUGGUUUUUGAAAAUUUAUUGCAUUUGUAAAUACCUUUGACAACUAUCUUGGAAAAUAAUUAAUAGUGAAAUAGACUACCUUUUCUGUUAAAAGUGUACAAAACCCCACUAUAUCAGAAGUUCAUGGACUCAGUUAUCCUCCAGGCAAAGCUAUUCCGUCAGCCUAAUGAACAAAUAACUGGCCCUGUGUUUAUGGUUGGGUUAUUUAGUUGUCAGCCAUCUGCAGGAAGGUAGUGCUGAUGCAGGUGUUGGGUUAACAGGACCCAUAUUUUGGAAACAGAAGUUUGGACAAGGAGAGGAAGAGGUCGGAUGGCCUGUGCAGCCAUUGGAAUAUUUGAGUCACACUCAUUGUGAAAGAAAGAGUUUCAGAUGUUGAGGGACAAAUUGAAAGUUAGAAGAGAACCAUGUUUCCACUUCUGCAACAACGGUCAGGGUACGACAGAGACAGUGUGCAUGGGUUAUGAAGGCUACUAAACAUUGUAAGGACUCUGUUAAAGUGCAGUCAGUGAAAAUAAUGGAAUCAAAGGAGUCAAGUUAGUGGUGGUAGCUGAAUGUGGCAGUACUGACCUUACUCAGUUAAGGAGGGAGAUGUCACUACUCAUUCAAGGUAGAAGACUGGGAUGAAAGACAAUACUGAUAAGGAAAAUGAAGGGGACAGAAACGUGGAAUCUGCAGAUGAAGCUGUCAGCAUGUCAAUCUGUAACAAGCUAAAAUUUCUCCUUGAGACUAUGGAUAUGAGUAUGUAGGGAAAGAGAAAGAAGUUACAACUGAAAACCAUGCAAUUCUUAUAAAAUUGGCUAACUGAAGCAAGACACCAGAAGUGUGUCAAUUACUAUAGCCAUAUCAAGGUGCACAACCAAAGUAUGUCAAAGUACAGUGCUCAAGGUUAUGAUCAUUCUAACAAAUCGCAAACACUUUUAUUUUGAUUGACAAUACAUUGAUACAGUAACAAUUUAGAUACAUUAAUGACACAUUAAAAUUCUGAACUAAGUUGGUAUGUAUUAAUGUGGAGGUACAAUAAAACCUGGGUGACACUGAA